UAGAGGAGAAAAGGGUUGAAAAGCUCAACUAAUCGUUUCAAAUCUCACCAGAUUCCCCUGAACCCCUUGCCACCUUCUUCCCACUCCGAAUAUUACACAUUAGGAGAGAUAGCCCCUAAUUCCUCUGGCACGACAGCUCAUUCUUGCAGCGGAGCGAUACGGAUCCAGAUUCUCACGCCACCUUUGAUCUGACCACACCUUUCGUCUCUGCGGUCAAAUUACGGUGAAGCCUGCCUUAUUUGUUCCUGAAUCGCGCUUCCCUGUACUUUGCAGUGGAAAAACCGAAAAAAAAAAGAAAGUGACCGGUGACAACUUCCGAGUUCAAUUGCUGCCAUCGACAAUGCCUGGAAAGACCCUUCCAACGCUCACUCCGGCCGAAGUCGAGUCACAUAACAGUGCUAAAUCUUGCUAUGUGACGCUAGGACGUAAGGUCUACGAUGUCACACCCUUUAUCGAUGAUCAUCCUGGUGGAAGCGAAUUGAUCCUUGAAUACGCCGGGAAGGAUGUGACUAAAAUACUGCGCGAUGUCGCCUCUCACGAGCAUUCCGACUCUGCUUACGAGAUAAUGGAUGAAUACAUUGUUGGAAUCGUCGGGUCUGAAUCAACCUCUAAUGGGAAGACAAAUGGAGGAACGAACGGCGAUGCCGCAUCUCGACCUCUGUACGAAGCUACGGGUAUGUCGUCUGCGGAGGAUCUGACUGUGGAAACGGAUAUCACUCAAGAUUACAAGACACAUAAGUUUCUGGAUCUUGGCCAGCCUCUUCUGUCACAACUCUGGUUCAGCGGUUUUAGUAAAGAGUUUUACCUGCAGCAGGUCCACCGCCCUCGUCACUACAAGGGAGGAGAAGCUGCGCCGCUGUUUGGCAACUUUCUGGAGCCUUUAAGCAAGACAGCGUGGUAUGUGAUUCCAAUUGUGUGGCUUCCUCCGGUUGCCUAUGGAACGUUCGUCGGAUACUCCGGACUGGGAAGUGCCCAGGCAGCUUUUGGCUACUGGACCCUUGGCUUUUUCUGUUGGUCUAUCAUCGAAUAUUGCAUGCACCGGUUUUUGUUUCACAUGGAAAAGUACCUCCCUGAUAACCGGGUGGGCUUGACCCUGCAUUUCCUCCUGCACGGAAUUCAUCACUACUUGCCAAUGGACAAAUAUCGACUUGUAAUGCCGCCGGCCUUGUUUCUUAUCCUUGCCACUCCGUUCUGGAAAGUUGCACACUCUAUCCUAUAUUUCAACUGGUAUGCCGGUACGACUGCGUACUGCGGCGGUGUCUUCGGAUAUAUCUGCUACGAUCUAACCCACUACUUCCUCCAUCAUAAGAAGCUUCCGCCUUUCUAUGCAACUCUUAAGAAGUACCAUCUCGAACAUCAUUUCGCCGAUUAUAACAACGGGUUUGGCGUUACAAGCCCCUUCUGGGACUGGGUGUUUGGAACUCAGUUGCUGUUGCCCGAUGCUAAAACCCUGAAGACUCAGUGAAUCCGAUUCAUUUGCCUUUUCUCGCGUAGAAUCAAUCACGCGGGCAUGGACCUCAACAAUUGAGAUCCACUAGUUGCUCUACACUCCGUUCCCGGUUUUGUCCUUCGUAUUUGUGCUAAUAUAGGUGUUGCAUGCUGAUGCAUGGGUUAAAUAUUCUUCUAUUCUUUUACUGGGAGUGGUUUCACCAGGAGUCCGGAUUUAUUUUAAUGUCUGUCAGAUAUUGAUUUAAUGAUUCUUCUUGUCAAGAUGCAAAACUCAAAUGACCUGCUGAGAUGGAAUAGCUUCUUUUCUUUCUUCAUUAGUUAUCUUCAUGAGUCUUGUGUUAAUAUUCACAUAAUGAGAUGAGGCUGUUACUGAAUAAAAUAUGUAUCCUCCA